AUGCCGAAGCCUGCGCGCGCUGAGAUCAGCGCGCCCAGGCUUCGCGGACCUCUCCGCGAGCAGCGGCAGCGCGGCCGCUGCUUGCGGAGAGUUGCCGGCAUGCCGAAGCCUGCGCGCGCUGAGAUCAGCGCGCCCAGGCUUCGCGGACCUCUCCGCCAGCAGCGGCAGCGCUGCCGCUGCUCGCGGAGAGUUGCCGGCAUGCCGAAGCCUGCGCGCGCUGAGAUCAGCGCGCCCAGGCUCGCGGACCUCUCCGCGAGCAGCGGCAGCGCUGCCGCUGCUCGCGGAGAGUUGCCGGCAUGCCGAAGCCUGCGCGCGCUGAGAUCAGCGCGCCCAGGCUUCGCGGACCUCUCCGCGAGCAGCGGCAGCGCUGCCGCUGCUCGCGGAGAGUUGCCGGCAUGCCGAAGCCUGCGCGCGCUGAGAUCAGCGCGCCCAGGCUUCGCGGACCUCUCCGCGAGCAGCGGCAGCGCUGCCGCUGCUCGCGGAGAGUUGCCGGCAUGCCGAAGCCUGCGCGCGCUGAGAUCAGCGCGCCCAGGCUCGCGGACCUCUCCGCGAGCAGCGGCAGCGCUGCCGCUGCUCGCGGAGAGCUGCCGGCAUGCCGAAGCCUGCGCGCGCUGA